AUGGCAACGACAACGAUCACAAUUCCGCCCGCAGCAAACUUAUCGUCCAAGCAAGAAACAGCAUACGAACUUGACGAAAAAGAAUCAUCAGCACAUGAACUUUCCGAUAAAAAAUCACCAGAACUUGCCGAAAAAGAAUCAUCAGCAAAUGAACUUUCCGAUAAAAAAUCACCACCAGCAUAUACACAGCCCUCGGAGACCAAUUUUUACGAAAAAACAUGGAAGGAAAAGUUGGCUUUUAUCUUUUCGUUAAGAUUCAUACUCAUCUUACUACUCGGACAACUUCUUUCGUUCUGUAUCACCUCGACAUCUGUGAGCACACAAAAACUCUCGGAAGAUUACAAUGCGAACAUUCCGACCACACAGAAUUUGUUGAAUUAUAUCCUGUUAUGCGUGGCUUUUACCGGAAUUACUAUUUGGAAGUUGGGUUUUCGAGGUUGGGUUGAUGUUGUUUUUACUAGAGGGUGGAAAUGCUUAGUUGAUGUAGAAGGAAACUACUUUGUAGUAAAAGCAUACAAUUACACUACACUCUUAUCGGCAUCGUUACUUGAUGCCUGGUCAAUUCCCGUAGUGGUUGCUUUAUCACUCAUUUUUCUUAAAGUGAGAUAUCAUUUGUCGCAGUAUGUUGGAGUUCUGGUGUGUUUGGCCGGACUGGCAUUAUUGGUGAAAACUGAUUUGGAUACUGGUCGAAUUAAUAACGAUACCGAAGGAGCGCCCAAUAUUGGAAAAGGAGAUCUUUUCUGUAUAAUCGGUGCAACAUGUUAUGGGAUGUCGAAUGUCGGCGAAGAGUAUUUCGUCAGAAAGUUUCCAUUGUGGGAAGUUGUUGGACAAAUGGGAUUCUGGGGAACUAUUAUUACUGCCAUUCAGUUAUCGAUUCUAGAACGUCAAGAGUUGCAUGAUACUGAUUGGAAUAGCGGAAUGGUUGGUCUAAUAAUCGCAUACUCGAUUGCAAUGUUCGUCUUAUACUCGUUCACACCGCUACUUUUCCAACUUUCAUCCGCGACAUUCUUCAAUCUCUCGUUAUUGACCAGUGACUUCUAUACGUUAUUGAUUGGAUUACGAGUAUUUAAUUUACAGAUGGCUCGUUUAUACCCGGUCGCGUUCGUCACGACAAUCCUCGGUUGUGUUAUUUAUUACGUGUACCCGGCGACACAACCUAGAAUCAUAAAAGAACCAGAUUUGGAAAUUGUGAAUUCGCCGUCGGUUGAAAAGGAUCGUGAAGUAGUAUAG